AGCAAGAGAGCAAGUCAAUCCUCACCAUACCAGAGCUCUGAGUUCUCUGGCUUGAACAUGCUGCACGCGCUGUUUCAUUGUUAUCGUGCUUGCCGCCUGACCGCUCAAGCGCUCAUCCUGGAUGUCAAGGAUGUCAAGGGUGUCACGGGCCUAAAAUAUACGACCAAGUCACUAUUUAAUCGUCGUAUCGUUGCACUCCCUCGACUUGAUAACAAACCAUGGGUUCUAGUCCCACUGUCAUCACUGAAGGCUCUGCUGCCUACACUCACCUUAUUGAUUCGAGACCAUGGUACAGGAACAGGCGCCUUAUCAUACUGAACUUCUGGAUCAGUAUCAUGCAAGUUUCAGAACACAUACUAAUGUUUGUUACGUCCUACACAUAUGGUUUUGAUGACGGUCUGCAGUCUUUGACGCAGUGGAAUGAAGCGUUUGGUUAUCCUGCUGGUGGGAAGCUUGGAUUACUCAAUGCCAUUCAAAACAUCGGGACCUUGUGUGCUUACCCGUUUGCACCUUACAUGUCUGAUGGCAUGGGUCGGCGCUUCUCAAUCGCAUUCGGUGCAAGUGUGAUGGUUGCUGCCACCGUGAUCCAGACUGCUAGUAAUUCUGUGCAGAUGUUUAUUGGAGCACGUUUCUUGGUUGGUUUCGGUCUGACAUUCGCUGCCUCCGCUGCUCCACUCCUUGUCCAUGAGGUUGCAUACCCUUCUCACCGUAGUCAGGCAAGUUCAAUGUAUGUCUCAUUAUGGUUCCUUGGGAGCAUCGUUGCGGCAUGGAGUACUUAUGGCACAUUCACCAUCCAGAAUAGUUGGGCGUGGAGACUUCCUUCUGCACUCCAAGGUGUUUCAUCUCUGAUACAAGUCUUAUUGAUCUGGUUCGUCCCCGAGUCACCACGUUGGCUCGUGAGCAAGGGAAAGGAGGAGCGUGCUCUCCAAGUUCUCGCUUACUAUCAUGCAAAUGGCAAUGCACAAGAUCCUCUUGUGCAGUACGAAUUGGAAGAAAUCAAGGCUGCGAUUGCCUUUGAUCGGGAAGUAGCUGGCAAUGUUGGCUGGCUGAGUUUGAUCAAAACUCCUGGAAACCGAAAGCGUUUGCGCCUUGCCAUCGCGAUUGUUGUCUUCUCCCAGUGGUCUGGGAAUGGUUUGAUUGCUUACUAUUUGAACAAGGUCCUCAUUGCAAUUGGAAUUACGAACCCGAAAACGCAGUUGCUGCUUAAUGGUGCUCUCAAUACCUACAACUUCUUUGUUACUAUCACUGCCGGCUUUAACUCUACCCGUGUGGGUCGACGCCCACUGCUCCUCACAUCUUGCACCGGUAUGGUCGUCUUCUGGACCGCGCAGACGAUCUGCUUCUCCAUCCACCAAAGCACCGGUAGUAUCGCAGCUGGUAAUGCAGUCGUUGCUUUUAUUUUCCUGUUCUACACAUCUUACAACAUUGCAUUUCCACCUCUCCUUGCGUCAUACCCCGUCGAAAUUUUCCCGUACCCCCUCCGUGCUAAGGGUUAUAUGGUAGCCAACUUCAUGAUGACUCUGUCUCUGAUCUUCAACCAGUAUGUCAACCCCAUCGCCCUUGAAGCUCUGCAGUGGAAGUACUACCUGGUGUACAUCGCUUGGCUGUGCUUCGAACUUGUAUUCUGCUACUUCUUCAUCGUUGAGACAAAGAAUCGCACUCUCGAGGAAACUGCCGCCAUUUUCGAUGGUGAGGAAGGCGUGGCCCGGAUUUAUGACAAGGCUGCUGCGCAUGCAGGUCUCACGCACCGCAUUAGCACGGAAGAGAAAGAUAUGAAGUCAGAUUUCGCAGUCGCUAUGACGGAUUAAUCUUUCCUAAUGUUUGAAAUACAAUCCGACGAUGUAGUAGUGCAUCCUCCGCUUGUGAAGUUGAAAUAGUUGACUGGUU